UCACUACAGACGUUUUUCUUUGUCAUUUCCAGUCCGUUAUCAGCAGCUUUUACCCCAAUCCGUUUUUGAUGGGAAUAGGGAGAGUGGAUUCCCAGAAUGUUGCUGAUCCUUCUCUCCAUCUCCCUGUGUUUUUCCCGGGUCUCUCCCGGUGUUGCUGCAUUUGGAAAUGGAUGGUUUCAGUACCUGAGGAAUCACAAACAAUGCUGAACAUGGUGCAAUCAUCAGUGACUAUCCCUAUUUCUGACCUUAUACUGGAGAGAAAGUCCCUGAGGAGCUCUUGUACUGAUGUCCUGGAGCUGAGAUGCCUGACCUCCAACAACUACAACCAUCUUCUCCUGUGCCAGACACCCACUCACUGACUGUGAUCUACACGGCAGUCUCUGGCAUUAAGGAUUUUCCGGAGGUGACUAACAUUGCGAUAGUCAAUGGAGUUCAACUCAAUUACCAUGACACUAAUGUUCGUCGGAUGGUCCCCAGACAGCAGUUCAUGGUGGACUAUUUUGAUGCAGAAUACUGGCAAUAUCUCACAGGUCUCGGGAAUACACGAUCAGACAUGGCAAAGGAGAAUCUGAAUACAAUGAUGCAAAGUACUAACCAGACAUCUGGAAUUCACACGUUUCAAUGGAUAACAAUUGUUGAAAUCACUGAUGACGGCUCUAUUAAGAGAUCGAUGCGAGUUGGAUUUGAUGGAAAGGAUUACCUCAGCUUAGAUUCAGAUAGAAUGAGAUGGAUCGCAACCAAUCACAAUGCAGUAAAGACUAAAGAGAAAUGGAAUGCUGAUGAAUCCUGGAACAAAUAUUGGGAAACACAUCUUGAGCAAGGGUUUGUUCAGGAUUUAAAGAGAUAUUUGCAAGCUGGAAAGCAGUAUUUUGGAAGGAAAGUUCAGCCUGAAGUGUUCAUCUCCAGGAGGGAGCCCAAUGGUCAAGACAAGCCGCUCACUCUCUCCUGCCUGGUCACUGGGUUUUAUCCUGUAGACAUCGAGGUGACCUGGCUAAGGAAUGGAGAGGUCAUGUCUGAGACCCAAUCCUCAGGGGUUCGACCGAACCACGAUGGGACCCAUCAGAUCCAGAAAGAGAUUGAGAUCAAUGCUGGGGAUGAGGAUCAGUACUCCUGUCAAAUUGAACACAGCAGCCUGGCAGUGGGCAAGCUCUAUCAGUGGGAAGUCCUGAAAAACAGUGCAGGAUAUGCUCAUCUUGGAAUUGUGAUUGGAUUAGUCGCUGCAAUGGCUGCAAUAUUCGGAAAAAUCAUCUGGAAAAAACCCUGGAGAGGUUCACCAGGUGGGACCUACACAACAGCUCCCACUUCUGAUAUCUCUGUUCCAGCUCCUUCAUGAUUCGAAGCGGGAACCAGAUGCUUGUACCUGUUUGGACAGACAUAUCGAGUUUAACCUACACCCCCUCCCCGCACAGCACAUUAUCUAAUUGUCUAUAACAUCUACCAAUGUUUACAGGCACAUUUCAUUCUUGUAUGUACAUUUUAGCUAAUACAAAAACAAUUAUACAUUUCCUUCACAUAGUUUUCAUUCUUGUUAACUCAGCCCUUGGCUGAAACAAUUAUACACCGGUGUGAGUUCAUUGACCUUGCAUAAGUAAUUAUGGUUGCAUAAGUAACACUGCUUUACCUCUCUCCCAUACAUUCCUGGUUCAAUGUUGCUUGGGGACAAUUGUAACUGAUCCCACUUGUUGGGAAUUGAUCCCUGCAGUACAGGGACAGGGACAAAACCUCCACACCAUCUCUCCAACAAGCAUCCCACCCAGACUGACUGUAUAACCCUGCAUUUCCCAUGGCCAAUCCACCUAACCUGCACACCUUUAGACUGUGGGAGGAAACUGGAGCACCCACAGGAAACCCACACAGACACAAGGAUAACGUGCAAACUCCACACACACAGUUCCGAGAGGCUGGAAUUGAGCCCGGAUCCCUGGUACUGUGAGGCAGCAGAACUAACCACUGAGCCACUGCAACAACAGGUUGAUGUCUGAAGGAUUGUGUGGGUCUGGUGCACAUUGUACAAGGUUCCCCUGCAGGAAGCACUGAGCCUUCAGCCCACAGACCAGAUGGGGCCAGAAACCGAUGAAAUGGAGACUCCCAGCAUGGAUGUGACUGGAGCUAGGCCUUGUGGAGCAGCUGAGGAAACCCCGCCUGCAGCUGCCAGGGCAGCUCGAGAGCAGCUGGGGGCUGAUGGAUUUGGACAUUGAGAAGGAGAACAUCCCUCUCCCUCCCCCAGGAAAUCAGAGAGAAGAGCAUUGGAGAUGGAGGGAAACAAGGGACAUUUUAGUUCAGCAGCAAAUAGACUUUGCAGGAUGUUUGUGGGAGAUAUUGUUGAACAAUGUCAAUUUCAUCUGCUCAGGUCAAAACCUUUCAGAUCAUUUAUAUUAACGAGCAGUUUCUCUACUUUGUAAACUGUUGCAAUGACAUGUCAUUUAAAAUUGUUUUGUACAAUUUGAAAUUA